GGAAACAUCGAGGAAAGGUCUCAGCUCCUGUUGGGAGCUUACAGCUGAUCUUGGAACAAACAUGGCUUUUCCAAGCAGGAACGGGCGCGUGUGCCGGCCGUGCGAUGCGCCAAAGCAGUCUGCACCGGGGUUGGUGCACUACAGUGCACCACCUCCAGUUUGAUGCCCGGCCUCGUAAGAUCCUCAUGUUUAAAUGCCCUAUUCACUGAAUUUAUUAGAUCCCAGCUACUCAAAACCAGGUGUUUUAGUAAGUAUAUUAGCAGGCAAGUGGUCUCGGCAGUGUCCUUGCGAGCACGACAGCCUACGGAGGACGGCCCGCUCGGAUCCACCCUCCGUAGCGCAGCAGCCGCGGCUCCUGCUGACUCGGGGAGCGCGGUAGCGAAGCUCACAGGCGCGCUGACGACAGCGGAAGCCGGGUGGCGGGGCCGGGCCGGCAGCGGGGCAGAGGCGGUGCCGCUCCGCCCGCGGCGCCCCGGGCUGCCCUGCGCAUCCCGGGACAUCUCAGCCCUGCCCAGCCCGGGACCUCCCAGCCCUGCGCGCUCCUGCAUGCGGAGCAGUGCGGGAGUCGCGUUUGCCCGCUCCGCCAGCAUGUCCGCCCGCUGCUGCGCCGGCCAGUUGGCCUGCUGCUGCGGCGCUGCUGCUUGUUCCUUGUGCUGCAAAUGCUGCCCCAAGAUAAAACAGUCAACCAGCACCCGCUUCAUGUACGCACUUUACUUCAUCCUGGUGACCAUCAUCUGCUGUGUCAUGAUGUCCACAACAGUAGCUAACGAAAUGAAAACUCACAUUCCCUUCUACAAGCAGAUGUGCAAGGGUAUUCAGGCGGGUGAGAUGUGUGAGAAGUUGGUGGGAUACUCUGCAGUGUACAAAGUCUGUUUUGGAAUGGCCUGUUUCUUCUUUUUAUUCUUCUUGUUCACCAUCAAAAUAAACAACAGCAAAAGUUGCCGAGCAUAUAUUCAUAAUGGAUUCUGGCUUAUUAAACUUAUAGUUCUGGCAGCAAUGUGCUCAGGAGCCUUCUUCAUUCCUGAUCAGGACACUUUCCUCAAUGCCUGGCGCUAUGUAGGAGCAACAGGAGGGUUCCUUUUCAUUGCCAUUCAGCUCAUCCUGCUGGUUGAGUUCGCACACAAGUGGAAUAAAAAUUGGACUGCAGGUGCCAACCAUAAGCAGGUGUGGAAUGGUCUGCUUGCCUUGGUCACUCUCAUCCUGUACUCCGUUGCUGUGGCAGCUCUGGUCCUCAUGGCUCUUUUCUACACACGCCCAGAGGGCUGCAUGUACAACAAGGUCCUGAUCGGAGUGAACGGCGGCCUGUGCCUCUUUGUGUCCCUGGUGGCCAUAUCGCCCUGCGUCCAGAACCGUCAGCCCCAUUCUGGCUUGCUGCAGUCAGGAGUCAUCAGCUGCUAUGUCAUGUACCUCACUUUCUCAGCACUAUCCAGCAAACCACCAGAAACAAUCCUGGAUGAAAACAACCGGAAUAUCACAAUCUGUGUACCUGAAUUCAGUCAAGGCCUGCACAGAGAUGAAAACCUGGUUACUGGCUUGGGCACUACGAUUCUCUUUGGCUGCAUUUUAUAUUCUUGUUUGACCUCAACAACACGUGCAAGCUCAGAGGCACUGAGAGGAAUAUAUGCAACAGCUGAAACCGAAGUAGCUCGUUGUUGCUUUUGCUGUGUACCUGACGGAGACGCUGAUGCUGAAGAGCAUGUUGAAAAAAGGGGAGGCCAGACUGUAGUUUAUGAUGAGAAGAAGGGCACAGUGUACAGUUAUGCCUACUUCCACUUUGUUUUCUUCCUGGCUUCUCUCUAUGUGAUGAUGACAGUAACUCACUGGUUCCAUUAUGAAAGUGCUCAGAUUGAAAAGUUCUUCACUGGAACCUGGUCUAUCUUCUGGAUUAAGAUGGUCUCCUGUUGGGUCUGUGUCUGUCUGUACUUAUGGACUCUUAUUGCUCCACUCUGUUGCCCAACCAGAGAGUUCUCAGUGUGAACAGUCUAGAGGUCAUUUUAAGCUUUUCUCUUUUUGUUUUUUUUCUUUUUUCUUGGAAUGAGGAAACACCAAUUACCCACUUAUCAUAAUGUACUAGUUAUUGCCUUUUUAGUCAGACUAAACAAAUGAUUGAAGACUUUUUUUACCAUUUUUUUAUUGUCAUGAACAAGCAUUGCCUAAGGGAACAAAUCUGUUUUGAAACUUUACAAUGCUUAUGUGUGGUGUGUAGAAAACACAGUUGUUGUAUAAACUGGAGUAAGUGAAAUACUCUCAUAUUAUAUAAGUAAUAUGAGAAAUACUCUCUUAUUAUAAUAGCUGACAAUCUUUCUCUGGCUUCAUUGACAAGAAAAGAAAAACUCAUGGUGCAGAUGGUAUUUUCUUACUUCCUAGGAAUGUUUGGUAUCUUCCAGCAAAUAGGCAUUAAUUCCUUUUUAUACUCUUUCAUUAACUGUUCCUAGUUUGCAGUGAUGAUUUGGACUGCUGUUUUGGACAGCAUAUAAUUCUUGUAAGUGGUAUCCAGAUAAUGUUUUUUCCAAAACCAUGUCUAAAUAUUUCUGUGGAAAUAAGAGAAUAUAUAAAAUUUGACUGCCAAAGCAUCUACAAAAAAUUUAUAUAAGUAUUAAAUAUAUUAAGUUAUUUUAUACCUAGAUUGAGAAAGGAAUGUACCAAUGAUAGUAAAGUAUUUAUUCUAUUAUUACUUUAAAGGCACUUGGAUAUUUUAUGCAAUUCAGAUUUAGCCCAGUUACUAACUGAAGGGGAGUUCUACACGCAAAUUCUCAAACUCAAUUUUGUUAAAUUUUGCUUUGCCAGGGCACUCAAAAGUUGAGUGUACUGCAUGGGGAUGUAAGAUAAGGUACAUUCUUUAUUUACAUCAUUUGCUGUUGAGAAAAUUAUAGUUAAGGGAGCACUGCCUGUUGCUGUUAAAAUGAAAAGUAGGGUGCUCAUUUACUUCUCUGCCUUGCUGUUUCAGCUUGUCUCUAAAGGUCUCCCAGGUCUUCAGUUCUGUUUCCCUGACUAGUUUUAUAAUAUUUUAGUUGCAUUGAUGGUCACAAAAGGAUCAUAGUGUGUCAUCAUCUUUUCUCUUUGUGUGUUGGUUGGAAAGUAUUUUUUCUAACUGCUAUAUUUUUAUACUCCUCUGUUGAUAUUACUUUUGCUGUUGGGAUGGGAGUUAGCCAGCCAGUGUAUUAAUGGGGACAGAAAUUCUCUUGUAGAUCUAUUCCAAACGCUGGAGUAAGCAGUCAGAAAAGCAAAACCAGAAGACACAAAUACAACAAGCAGCUGCCUUAGUACAAAUGACUUGAUGAUAUUAAACACUACCUUGUCACCUUUUUUUUAAAAUUAAUUUAAACAGAUGUUUUGGUGGUAAAACAGCAGCUCAAAUGCCCUGAAUGCUGAAAAAGGUUGAACCCCUAUAUUUAUCUGCAUUCUGGUGGGAUGAAUUUAUAACUUGAGCUAGUCCUGGUGGUUUUUUUCUUCUCUCACCCAACAUGUAUAUUCACACACAUGUACGGUGUAAAGUAAUCAACCAGUUAGCAGCUCUCUUCUUAAAAAAAUAUCACUGAGCCUUAGAUCUUCAUCCCCUGCUUUCUGCAAGUCAAAGAAAAGCACAACAUGGAUGCCAAUGGGUUGGCCAAAAGAUUUGCAUGCCUUAGUUGUUCUGUUGUAGUAAUUAAUGGCUAAUGCCCACCUGGUGAGUAAUCUUAACAUAUUGGAUCUUGAUUCUUCUCUUGUUUUCAUUGCCAUUUUUAGCUGUCUUGUUGUUAUGGUAUCCCAGGGCUUCUGGCCUGUUUGGAGCUUUCUAGGGAUGUGAUCUUCCCCACCCUGUGUACUCUUACCUGAAACAAAAUCAUCAGGGCUGCAUUUCUGUCUGCUUAUGCUACCUAUCCCAGUGAUUAGAGCCUCAAAAUACAUUUCCUGAGAUCUAAGGGGAGGAGGAGUCUGUCCAGCAGUGACUGCCUUGGUGUUAUUGUUUGCACUAAGAGUUGAAAAUAGCAGUUGAAGCUGGGCUUUGACACUGAAUUAGAAGAGCAACAAAUAGCUGUGGACAGGGAGGCAAGUUUUUCUCUUUCCCUUUGCUUCUGCUGUGAGGUUCUUAUCCUGCCAAAAGCUCUGCUAGCAUGGGGACCUAUCAGAACAUUUCUGCCUGCAUUUAGAGUUUUGCUAUGCAGAUACUUCGUCAGCUGAAGAAGGCCUUUUUUAACGCCUUUUCAAUCCAGAAGCAUUUAUCUGUCCAAUGUAUAAGAUAAGAGCUUGUGGGCUGUGCAAUGAUGACUAACAGUUGUCCCCCCCUAAAUAAAAGGAGCAAUUCUGACAAACAGUUUUGAUCCAGUGCUGUAGUUGUGUGCUACAACUACAUGUAGUUCAUGUGUGCUCAUGCCUUGACUGAUCCUAAGAGGCAUGCAAGAUUUGCCUUGUAGUUCCAUAUGUGUUGCACUAUGAGAAACCAAGCUUGAUUGUGGUUUUUUUGCUUGUUGGGUUGGUUUGGGUUUUUUGUGGUUUUUGGUUAGGUUGGUGGUUUUUUUUUUUGGUUUUUUUUUUUCCUUUCCCUAAAUUAGCCAUGUUUUUUUAACAGAACAAUCAGGGAAAGGAACUUUAUGGAGGAAGGCACACACUAUGUCAAGUUAUAGGGCAGGGAAAGGUUUCUGUUUUCUGGCUCUCAUAGCAGGCAUCCCAGUCACAAAUGUUGAUGAUCUUAAUACUGAUCUUGGUUCUUGGAUGUUCUUGUUUACAGAAAAGCUUAUUUUAUCUAGCAUUUGCAUCAGGGCUUUCUGCACCUCUUUGUGCUGUUUUUUUUUUUUACAGUUUGUGUUUAGGGAAAUAGGUUUUGCCCAGAGGAAACAAGGCUGUAAGAAGAAAGUCCAUGGUGGGGCAUGAGUCCAUUCUUCUUACACAGCACUCACCUCACUGAACUGCUCCUUCAUCGUUCCCUACUACUAACAAUUGACCUUAAGAGUGUAGAUCUGCAAGUAUACACAGAGUGGAAAUAGGGCAGUGCCUAUUUACACAGUUUUGUCUACUUUGAGCAAAUGUUUUGGGGGAAACCCGCCAAAAUAAAUAACUUCGAGGGCCUUGUGUGUCCAUGGUGCCUCAGAUCCAGCUGUGGACUUCCAGGCCUUUCUAAGAAAUCAGUAACUAGUAGCACUUGGAUGUGCAAAGACUCUAGUUCCUGACCAAGACAAGGUUUCCUGCUGGCCAGGCAAAUGUUGCAGCCUUAGUGUUUGCUGUAAAAUCUGUACUGUGAACUUCCAUGUGCAACUACAUAGUAAAAUCCUCGGCUCAGGUCAAGGAAUCAAAUUCCCAGCCCAUAGAUUCCAAACAGUUCACGCAAAUGGACUUAAAAAAAAACUUGUUAAGAAGUGCCUUCAUACCUACUGCUGUGAUAACUAUUAAUUCAGGUGGCACUAGAACUGGAAAACCCAGACUGAGCCUGGGGCUGGGUCAUGCUGCCUUGUAGAUUUCACCAGUGUGUGCAAGGCACAGUCAGACCCUGAGUGCACAUGGAAGACUAAACAAUCUGUGCUUGACAAACCUUUGGGGAUAAGUCUGCUUCAGGUAUUACUGUACAGUGGAAAACUUAGUGGGAAAACUCACAAGUAGCCUGAUGCUUUUGUAAAUAAAUAAUUUUUUUGCAUUUAAGCUGUAAGCAGUUAACUUUCUCUCUCCAUGCCUGAAAGUGCAAGUGACUGUCUGUUGAGGCAGUUCACGGCAUAGUGUCUAUCCUGCCUUGUACCGUGUUUGUUCAUUGAAUUUGUUCCCAAGUGUAAGCAGUGCAGCACUUCUGGUUCCUCGUGGUUUUGGGCUGUGUGAAGUGAGAAAGCUUACAAAGACAGCAAGACCAGAGAACAUGUCCUGCACUAGAUUCCCUCUAUUUAAAUUUGAACUAAUGCUAUCUUUAAUAGGCUUCUGGAGGAACAGACAGAAGUCCUGCUGGGAAGUGAGAUAAUUUUAUUGGCUUUUUUCUACUUUGUCAAAUUUGCCAUCAUAAAGUUUAUAUGGGACUUCACUGCUACACUAUUAUCUGAGACUGGAACAUCUUUGCUUUUCUUCAUGAAGGCAACCAAGAGCCGCAGUCAUGACUGGUUCUUAUUUGGAGCAAAAUAAGUGGGUCAGACUCGGAGAGCAAGGGUCUGAAUCCAAUAACUGGACUAACAAAUGAGAUGGUAAAACUUUACUAGAGAUGUGCAGAAAGCAGAUGGGUAUGCUUAUUUGCUGUUGGCCACAUAGUACCUCAAAGUGUGCAGGCAGCCCUUGCAGCUGAGCUCCACUGCAAUCGCACAUUGAAGGUGUUGCAUGUUUGUGAUACUCUCAGCUUUCUCCUUCGAGCAUUUCCAUGAGGUUCAAACAGCUUGUACAUGCCCAGCUAAUGUGGUAAAUCCUGCCUGGGUUGGGCUGCUUUCCUCUGAAAUGCAGAAUUCAGUGUUGCUAGUGUAUGUGUAGUCCAGAGAGAGGGUUUGUCCCUCACAAAAUCAUAAACACUGCGUGUCUAUUUAUUUAUUUAUUUUGUGUUUUAGCACCUUUUUACAAGUCUGUAAGUGCUUUGAGAUUAUAAAUUACGCAUGUGUAAUAACUUUGUCAGCUACUGCUGCAGCCAUUUCUGGGCUAGAACAUUGCUAUUAAAGAAGCAGCCAUUGCACUUGUGAAAAAGCUGGUUUUUAACAGUUCUUUGGCUUUGGAAUGGUGGCGUGAGGAAAAUUUGGGUACUUAAGAAAGUGCUGCUUAAACUUUGGCUAGCAGCCCACAGUAUCAUGGGCACCUCUUCAGGCUGAACAGAUCAGCAACAGAGUAAUCUAUUGACUGUUUUUAAACUGCGCUUUAAAGAUUUUAUAAACUGCUUCGCUUUUCUCCUAAGUUGAUGAAAAUACCACAAGACCAUACCCUUAUGGCUAGAUGAGUUGAGAUUAUCCACAGCUAAAAUUUUGCUCUCAUUUUCCUUCUGGGCUUUAGAAGCAAUGUCUUUCGCUUGGAAGCUGUAUCUCCUUGUUUUACUUGCCUUUUUCUCCUCAGAUUUGUUUUUUAAAGGUACUGUAAACCUCCUUCAUUCCCAGACAACCUGCUGCCUGUCAAAUGGUAUGUCUUUGGUGCUAGAAACUAGCUAGGACCUCUUUGCCAAGUCUUACUGAUCCUUUGCUUUUCAUAGCAGGACAGCCUGCAGCAUUGAAGCAGAGUCAAGGAUCGUAGUUUAUUACGUGGAUCAGUUUUUCUCUGUUAUAACUGCUUCUUUGUUUUCUGAAGUGGCCUACGAGUUCUUGUGGGAAGGAAACACAUAAUGAACACCAUGACAUUUUACUUGUGUUUUCAGUUUUGUAAACUGUAGUUAAAAUUCAGUGUUUCACAUGACUGUACAAGUGAAUGCCAGGGGUCAAGUGCUUAGAAAGCUUUAGCUUUUUUUUACUCGGAACAGGAUACAUAGCUUGGGAACUGGUGUGUCUCUGCAUUUUAUACAUCCUCAUGGCAGAAUGCCCAAGUGCCCCUGGAUGGGGAUGUAGACACAUUGCACAGAGUUUGAAGCAGCAACUUUGAGAGACUGGCAUGAUGACUGCUUUCUAAUGCCCAAAGAAAUUCUGUAGGUUUCAAGUAGGCCUUAAAUCCCAUUUGUUCAGGAGUUUUUAUCGAAUCUGGGUUUGAGUCUUUCCAUACCUGUUCAAUAAUGUUGUUUUUAAAAAGUUAGAAUUUAUUUCAUAUAUAAGCCACGUUGGCUUCCCCAUUGCCUGCCAGUCCCUGAUGGUUCCCAGUCUGUAGUGUACAGACUUUUUCACAGACUUGUUCAGAGCCACAUUCAUCAUCUUUGAAACCACUCCAGCAGCCUAAAGCUUCCAGAGCUUUUGCUCACCAGGGCUGCAGGGUGCAGCACUGCAGCCAUGCUUUUGCCAAAGAAGCCUCAGUGUGAAGCCAAGAAGAAAGUGCAAAGCCAAGAAUUUUGCAAAACUAAGGGCAAGUAAUGGAUCAUUGGACAUACCAUAGCUUUAGUUUUCCUCUUACCGAUACAAGUCCAGGUGCUUAGAUGUCCUUUGGACAUUCAUGCAAACUUAAAGUGCAGAGAAUUAACUUCCAGAUAAAAUCAUUCUACUUGUAAAUCUUUUCUCACCUUGUAUAUUAUUAGGAACAUAUGGGUUCAGUGUCUGCUUUUUGUUCACCACUGAUGUGUGGUGUUCGGUCUCAUAUAUGCCAUGUUCAAAAACUGGAUGCAAAAUAGUUGUCAAAAUAUAAACACAUUUUCUUAAUGGUGAGGGGAUUUUAAUUAGUCUUUUUCAAGGUUCUUAAUAUCUCAAGGGAACUUUUUGGUGUGUAUGUGUGGUUUUAUUUUAUUAAUCUGUAGCCCAGUGAAGUGGAAGUUUGCUAGUUUAUUUAACUUUUUUGCAAGUGUUGUGGUCUUUAGUAACUGUAACAGUUUGACUUUUAAGGAUUGGUAAAGAUUCCAGAAUUGUAAGAUCUUACUUGUAAAAUAGUCAACAGCUUUGCCUUUUUAGCAUGUUAAUGGUUUUUAUGGACACUUCCUUUUGUAUACUGAGUGAAUGUAUUGUUUUAGAUUUAAUGUUUAAUGGACCAAUAAAAUUUUUCUUACAUUUGAAAUGAAUUGUUGUGAUACAUUAAA